AUGUGGAAAAUACAAUCCUCAGUCAUCAAAGAGUCAUUUUCAUUUGCUACCGUUUCUGCUGUUACUUCUACAAGAAAACCGGAACGUGUUCGCCAAAUAAUUAGAAAGCCAUGGAAAUCACGGAUCGAUAUUUUUACUUUUCCAGAAUCGAUUUCUACACCUGAAAAUAAAAAUAAAAAUAUUGAACCAUUGACAAAACUUACGAUAACUCAUACAAGCAUUCCGAUACUAAAAGAAGAAGGGAAAAAUAUGAUCGAAAGGUUUAUACAUACUUUAAAACUUCAGGCGAUUUCUGCGUUUAUGCCGAAAGGGUAUCCAGAUGCAGUGACGAAAGAUUAUUGGAAUUUCACCAAAUGGCAGUUUGUGAAUAAGACAGCUGGUUCAGUUACCGGAGUUUUAUCUACACAAUCUUUGCUAUAUGCGAUGGGACUUGGAGCGACAUCUGUACCUCUAGCGGCAGCAUUAAAUUGGAUCAUAAAAGAUGGUUUGGGACAGCUUGGUGGCGUAUUUUAUGCCGCGACAGUAAAUUCACGAUUUGAUUCCGAACCAAAACGUUACAGAUUUCGAGCAACUCUUUACAUGCAAUUAGCCAGCCUUUUAGAGCUCAUCGCGCCUCUUUAUCCACAUCUGUUUUUGUUGUUUGCUUCGACGUCAAAUGUUGGAAAAAAUAUUUGUUGGCUGGCAGGUGCUGCAAGCAGGGCUCAAAUGACAAAGACAUUCGCAUUACGAGACAAUCUUGGUGAUAUCACCGGAAAAUCUAGAUCUCAGGGCACCGCAGCAGGAUUGUUAGGAACUGGAAUCGGAAUCGCCAUCAGCGCAACAAUAACAGCAAUGUCUUCAGUACCAUCUGUUAUACAACCAGUAUUUCACAUAUUUCUUGCAUUCCUUCCAUUCUCACUGCUAAAUAUAUACGCGGCUUAUCGCUCCAAUACCUAUGUCACAAAUAGCACACUAAAUAUUCAACGAACUGAGAUGAUUUUGUAUCCAUUUGUCAAAGAAAUAUUAAAAGAUAAUGUACUGCACAAAAAUGAACAAGGCACUAACCAAUCGAACGAAAAGAGACAAGAACCUUUAUCAAGCGAGCUUCUCAAAAAUAUAAUUCCGUCUCCUAAAGAAAUAUCAUUGCGUGAAACCUUUGUACGAAAGUACAAUUCUGUAUUUCGUGUUCCGUUAGUGAUGGAACCGACAUUACAGCAUUAUGCACGUGAUGAAUACGCGGAUGCCUUGAAAUCAGCGAUACAACAUGAAGGAUUCUUGCAUCCAGAAGAAUAUUUCAUAUUACAUGUUCCCGAACACCACCUAUUUGAGAAAUUCUACACUCCACCUCAAUCGCCUUCAAAGUCAUUUUUUCGACCUCGGAUCCUUUUACCGGGGCAUAAACAACAUAUUACGUUAUGGUACUCAGUGAAUGCUAAAUCAAUCGACGUGAUCAAAGGAUUUUUUCAUGCAUGCGCAUUACGGUAUGCUAUCGAACAUGAUGAUAUGAUACCAUUUGAUGAACGGGAAAAGAUUUUGAUGGCGAUUCGAAGCACGCAUAGGAUAGUUGAGAAAUCGUGGGCAGGGCUGUUGAAUGGAUUGGUGUAUAAAAGAUGGGACAUUGAAAAUUUGUUUUUAGCUGAAACAAAUGAUCAUCGAUUAAUAGUUGAAGCCUUGAAUUCUUGA